AUGCACUCCAGAGCGCGCCUCUUGCUAGAAAGAGACUUCCGUGAGUUCAAGGAAAACAAUUUUGAGGGUAUUACUGCUUUUCCUGUAAGUGAAGAUAUGAUGAAAUGGGAAGCUGAAAUUGAAGGUCUACAAAAUUCAUUGUGGCAUGGAUUAGUUCUCCACCUGACAAUUAAUUUUACAUCGGAGUAUAACUUCGCCCCUCCAGUUGUAAAAUUUGAAACAGUUCCUUUUCAUCCAAAUGUAAACCCACAUACUGGUCAGCCCUGUAUAGAUUUUUUGGACAACCCUCGUAAAUGGAACACAAGCUAUACCCUGAGCAGCAUCUUGCUUGCCUUACAGGUUAUGCUUUCUAAUCCAGUGCUAGAAAAUCCAGUGAAUUUGAAAGCAGCCCAAAUACUGAUGAAAGAUGAAUCCAUGUACAGAGCAAUAAUUCUAAAACUUUUCAACAAACCACUGCGAUUGAAAGGUGACGGCCUAAAGUUACCUGAAGAUUCACAUAAGUGUAUUGGACCAAUUAAAGCAGUCUCAUUUAGUGAUUACUACAAGACAUGGUCUGCAAUAGCUACAUCAAAAGCCACAGAAUACUACAGAACUCCAUUGCUUGAAGACCCAAAUUUUGCUGGACAGUAUUAUCAAUGGAAGAAAGUGGAUCUGCAAUGUCCUAAAGAAUGGAAUUUAAAGUAA